GUUUGGACAACAAAAGAAAAACACAAAAGAUUUCUUUCAAAUGUCCCUAAAAUAUCUAGUAAAAGUUUAAAAUAAAUUCCGUACUGAACUACAGCAGGCACCUGGCUUACAUGUACAUACUGGCUUUUUAACAUUUAAAGUUCAAAGCUAUGAGCACCCAAGAAGAGCUAACAUUAUUGCUAGAGGAAAAGAUUGAAUGCGGUAAAAACCUUGUUACGAGACUGAAGGACAUUAAACAUUUAGAUGGAGUAUUAAAAUUGCAAAGAAAAAUCCUACAAGAAAUUGAAUUCUUAAAGAGAUUACAAAAAUCUAAAAAUGUGAAAAUUGAACAGCUUUCAUGUUCAAACCUCAGGCAUUUGGGAGCAAUGGUUGAUUGUGCAACUAGAAAUGAUAUCGUAGCAGUAUGUAAAGUAUUUCAUAUAAAUGAUGAAAAUAAAUUAACAAUAGAUAUAGUCAGCAAUGGAGGGAGAGUUUGGACCAAAGUAAUUGCUCGAAAUCCAAAGUCAUUGUCGGCACUGAGUUCUGGUAAAUCAUCUUACGGAGCUAGAACAAUAUUAGACCAAGCUAAUGAUUAUAUAGAGUGUGCUAAAUUAUAUCCAUGUAUGUAUCAGUCACCAAUGGUAGUAUUUGAAUUUGUUAGUGGAAUAGAAGAGACACUAGCAAACAAGUUAAAGGCGAAGGGGGUUAUUGUUUAUGGAGACGUAUUACCUGACUCGAAACAACAUGAAGAAAGUGGUAGUAACAGUGAUGAUUAUGAUGAUUCAGACGAGGAACUAGACAUUGGAAUAAGAUUAGAAGAGUCAGAAAUUAUUGCAAACAAUGUUGAGGAGCAUGUGGGUAUUGACACCCUAAACCUAGACGUGACUACUAUGAUGGCCUACGUGAGCAACAUGACUAAUGGACAUUGCUACUAUGUAUUUAAACAAGAUGUACUAACACAACAAUCACAUUGGGAAGCUCAGAGACCAGUGAAACCUGUUCUGCAGGAGUUAUUUAAAGGGAAAAGAUUAAUAUGUUGUGAAACUGCAUGGAAUGAUUUUGAAAAAAUUGUUAAUACAUUAGGUGGGCCCAUGGAAAUGAAACGCACAGCCGAGUUAAAAGCUGUUCUAACUAUAUAUGCAGAUGAUCAUGGAGGUAAAGAUGACUAUCCAAGAAAGAAUUUAAAAGUCAGAGGAAAUGUUAGAUUAAGGUCUAAAAUAAUAUUUAAUUUUGGUCACCGGAUGAAAGCUUUAACAGUUUCAGCAAAUGAGGGCUUUGUUAGAGCUGCUUCACAACAGGGUGUUACGUAUGCUGCUUUCAUCCACGAAUCUCGUGCCCUCACUGAAAGCAAGGAAGCUUCUGCAACUUUAACACAUUUAUGAUGUUACGCCAUAAAGAAAUCUUAUGGAAUUUAUAGUAUAAUUUCUGAACUAUCUGAAUUUACGCGCUUAUACAUAUGUAUGAAUUUCCAUUGUAAAUAAUAUCAUAUAGGAUUUGGGCACUAAUACCUUAUACUUCUAAGAAUUGUUCAUACAAAGAAAUGUCUGAAGACGCAGAGAAAUAUUUUAUUGGUGUUUCUGGAAAAUAUUAUA